ACGGUAUGCCGGGUAGCAGUGGCUAAAACCCGCACAAGAUAAAGAAGAGUGGCGUAACAAAGAAGAGGCCUAUACUCAGCAGUGGGUGGAUACGGGCUGAUUAGAAAGAUAGAUUUCAGUACCAAGCCGACACUCUAUGUAUGUUUUUUUUUUAAAUAGGUAGAUAUUGGUAUCAAGGCCAAAAUAUCUUAUAUCUACUAUAUUAUCACAUUUAUAUAUUUCCAGCGGCAUAAAAUUCAGUUUCCGUUAACCUAUCCAUUUUUGGUAUUAUACGUGAAUAAUCAUCAUAAAUGGGAUAAAUACUCCAUCGACGCAAAAAGUUUGCAAUAAUUAAAUACAAAUCUGUAUCGGAAACAUAAAAAAAACACGAGUGUCAACAUAAAAAAAGUCGUGACAAAUGUCAGAAACAUUAACGUUUAUUGUGUAUCCUUUAUCAAUAAAAUUAAAAUGAGUCAUUCAAAGAAAACACGUUUAUAUAGAUUAUUUGAAAAAUUUCAAUGUUAUAUUCUAGUGUUUAUAAUAACACCAGGUUUCUACGUUUUUGAAAUGUCUGUGGUGAGACCAACAAUUGUUGACACCUACGAAAUAGGAACAACGAAACAUGUCUUCCAUAUAAUACUGUCAACUUUCAUCCUCCAUAAUGUUGUCGGAAAUAUGCUGAUGAGCAUCAUGUUUGAUUCUUGGUCAGAUAAAUCUAACAAUGACGAUGAUGAUGACGAAAAACAAUGCGAAAAUUGUGACGUCAAUCGUCCAAAAAACGUGUGGCAUUGCAAAACUUGUGGAGUCUGCGUCCUCAAGAGAGAUCAUCAUUGCUUCUUCUUCGCCAAAUGCAUCGACUUUCGCAACAAGAGAUAUUACAUCCUUUACUUGAUAUACGUAACCAUCUCGUUAAUUUAUUCCACUUAUUAUAACUAUUAUUACGUCUCUUCUAAAUUUGAAGGCGAUAUGAUUAUUGCUGCAUUUAGAAUUAUAAAUCCGAUGCUACGUUUCAUAAUACCAGAACCUAUGGGAUUCAAGGACUUGUAUCUGCUGUUUCUGUUUAUAAAUAUUGGGUUAGCAGUUUGGUCAGGUUGGUUGGUGGUGUUUCAUAUGAAGAACGCUGUCAGAGGAGUGACGGCUCGAGAGUAUCGAAGUACUGAAUUGUUCAAGACUUCGCAAUGGAGAAAGAAUUUGUUGAAAGUCUUUGGUACGAAAUGGUAUUUGGCGAUUAUCUGCCCUCUGGUAGAUAGUCCUUUGUUAGAAAACGAGAAGGAUGAUUAAGUUAUUGAGUUAGUUUUGAUAUAAGAAGUACAAUUAUUUGAGGUAUUAUUAAUACAAGGUGUAGAAUUUAAGUUUUUAAACUACUAAGUAUAGUUACUACUAAGUAUUUUUAUUUAAAAUGAAAUUGAACUAUUAUUAAACUAUUUAAGAAAAAAAGUUAUUUGUAAUAUUCAAUUAUUUUGUUCCGAUCCCUUCGCUUGACCACAUACUUAUAUCAUUAAUGUUAUUGUGUAAAACAAUUAAAUAUAAUAUAAAGUCUGCUACAUAGUCGCAUACAAAAGACGUAUAAUAACGUUAGAGUAAACAUUAUUAUAUUAUUUGCUCAUAGUUCUAACACCUAUCAGCUCAGGGCUCAUAAAACUGCUUUAUUGUAUACAAACUGACCUUCAUAGUUUCAAUAAUUACUUCUACAAUAACAGCUUUUAAAAUUAACAUUUAAUAGAAUUACUUGAAAAAUUCAACUUGGUUUCGCUUGUUAACUAGCUUUUCUUAAAACAAAAAAGUGAUCAAAUUUUACGCGAUGGUUUUACUUAUAAAGCACAAUAGACGCAUCUCUUAAACCUAAGACCUUAUUACGCGCAUCACAAGACUCAUAAUGCGAGACUGUAUGCAACUGCUAUGUAUUGAUUUUGCAUUAUCACAUCCAAAUUUGUAUUUAUUACAUUACAUGACCAUACUGUCCUAGUCGUCCCUAUUAUAGGACGCGUAACGGUUACAUAAGUGACGGCAAAACAGCCGCGUCCACGCGAGGCAUGUCAAUGUACAGGAAGCGCGGUUUGACGCUUUUGUAUAACUAUGUAAUAAUUAAUGUUUGGAAUGCAAAGCGAUAUUGUCGACGACGACGACUAUAGACGACGUUUUGUAUGUCGGCAUUAAUGGAACUAUUGAACGGAAUUGACAAAUUUGAAUAAAGAUGUUUUUGUCGUAUUCUGCUAAAGUUGUUAUUGCAUUGCGCGUCCUAUGCCUAUGGUAAUAGAGCCUUAGUUUUUGGAGAAUCUAUAUUAUUACAGUCAACUAGGCCUAAAAGGCAACGGUAUGAUGGGCUCAUAAAUUUUUAGAACUCUUCUUUAAACUAAUGACUACAAGUUGCAUGUCACCUUAGUCACGGUUAGAUAAAGUGUAGUAUCGAAUACCGAAUUUCGUCUCCAGACCCUAGAAAAAUCGCGCCAUUAUAAACUAACUUUCAGUGGCGAAUAGUGCUUACGAGAGAACCCGACACAACAUAUAGGUAAUAAUAUGCAUAAAUGCGGACUGCAAGUCGUACUAAUGAUAAUUUGAUUCUACAGAAAUUCUACACAAAGGGACGGGGGCAGUAAUCGGGUUAUAUGGAUCCUUUGCCAUUGCUGACUAUUGAGUCGCAUUUCGAGAACAAGUCCUAAUAAUUUAGUUUCGACUAUUAUUUGUUUCCUAUGAAUUUCACCUGGUUCAAUUUCACCUGGUUCUUCAA